GAAUGAAUGAAAGAGGUGGGGGAAAUUCGAGAUGACAACGUAAGAGCCGAAGAGUUUGAAAUAUCACGCUUAUAGCCGCAGUACUCGUUUGAGUUUGACGUGAAACAGGUGUGUUAGCGUUCAUUUCAAGUUAUGACUUCGUGCUUUGAAGAAGAAACAUAAAAAGAGUCUCAUAUAAAAUCAUACUCGACAAACACGAAUUUCAUUGAGUUCGAUUGGUAUCAACUUUGCGCAACUCGGACGCUCCUUUCGAUUUCUAUUUAAAUUUUAUUUAGCAUUAAUGCUUUUAGUUCGUUUCUUCCUCUUUCUCAACUAUCUUUUUAAUUUUUCUCUCCUUUCUUAACUAUUGCGUAAUCUCAAAGGAAAGAAGGAUUGGAUUGUCACUGUUAUAAUAUUCGUUAAAAGUCCGUUGAAAAUUAAACACCGAAAAUUAAUCUCAAGACAUUUCGGUUAUGUCCAGAUCCGCGCGAAAAGCGCGGAGGGCGUUUUAAAAAAAAGAAGCUGGAAUUAUUUGUGCCUCAAGAAAAGAUACAGUCAAAUUGGUGCAAUUAAAGGAAGAGAAAUUUUCUAAGCUGACAACUACGUCUUGAAAAAGCGAAAAUUUCUAAUACACAAUCGCUGACCUUAUUUAAAUAAACGAUCUCGAAGCAAUCUCGAGGCGAUUAUGAGCGAUUCGAAUGACACAAAGAAUGAUGAACAGUCGAAAAUAGACUGUCAAAAAAUCCAAACUGGCCAAGAUGAAGAUAUACAGGUAUAUGGAUUUGAAAGGAGUGCAUUGAAAACGAUUAUAAUUUAUAUUUCUUAUAUAUUAACUGUCGGUUUCGUAAGACUUCUUUUCCAUUGGUAUCCGCGAUUGUAUUUGUAUGCAACACAUAGGAAAUGCCCUUUAGAGGAAGCCACAAAAUUGCUUGUGAUCGAUGACUAUCAAGGAAGGUAUAAAUCCUAUUUCGUGAAAAACGUUAAGACAAUAUCUACUGAAAAUGUGAGUGACAAAUCAUUCAGUUCAAUUUUGGGAAGUAAUAGUAUAAACUUACUUAAAAGUGUCAAAAAUAAGAAACUUAAGCUUACUUUAGAAAAUGGUACAAAAUCUGAAGUAACAGAGUAUAAAGCAUUUUGGUGUAAAAAACAAUGUUAUAUUUGGGAUGUUACACAAAAUACAUUUUCCAAACUUGUUGGUCUUGACAAAUAUACAUUGUGUUCAGACCUUCAUCUUGGUCAGAACAAGGGACUCUCUAAGGAAGAACAAUUCCUAAGGCGAAUUGUCUAUGGAAACAAUGAGAUUGUUGUGCCAGUGCAAAGUAUAGGUGUAUUAUUGUUAUUGGAAGUUUUAAAUCCUUUUUACAUCUUUCAAGUAUUUACUUUAGCAGUAUGGUUUGCCGAAGAAUACCUUUACUACACCAUUGCUAUAAUAUGCAUGUCUCUUUUUGGAAUUACAAGUUCCAUUUUGCAAACACGUAAAAAUCAACUGAAUCUGAAAGGAACUGUGGCCUCUUUCGAAAAUGUUAGAGUAUAUCGAAGUUCAGGUAUAUUUGAGAGCAUUUCAAGUAAUGAACUAGUACCAGGUGAUAUUAUAGAAUUACCAAAUCACCAUGGAACAGUUGUUUGUGAUGCAGUAUUAUUAACUGGACAGUGUAUAAUAAAUGAAUCUAUGCUAACUGGUGAGUCUGUACCAGUUUCAAAAACACCAUUACCAUCAAAUCAAGUGCCAUAUGAUUCAAAACAAUCUUCUCAUCAUACAUUGUACAGUGGAACUACUAUAAUUCAAACUAGAUGCUAUGGGAAUAAUCCAGUUCUUGCAAGAGUCAUUAGAACAGGUCUACAAACUAAUAGAGGUGCAUUAGUUGCAGCUAUAUUAUAUCCACCACCAGCAGACUUCAAAUUCGAUCAAGAUUCGUAUAAAUUUAUUGGCAUACUAGCAUGUGUUGCCACUUGUGGCUUCAUAUAUACAGUUGUUACCAAGGCCUCAAGAGGAAUUACAGCAGGUGAUAUUGCAAUUAAAGCUCUAGAUAUAAUUACAAUAGUUGUUCCUCCAGCUUUACCAGCUGCAAUGACAGUAGGAAAAUUAUAUGCACAAGCAAGAUUAAAACGUACACAAAUAUAUUGUAUCAAUAAUAGGGUCAUUAACGUCUGUGGGAGCAUUAAUUGUGUGUGUUUUGAUAAGACUGGAACGCUGACAGAGGAUGGCUUAGAUAUGUGGGGUGUUGUGCCAUGUACAAAUGGUAACUUAGAAGAAUCAGAGAAGAAUAUAUCAAAACUACAACAUCAUUCUCUUUUUGAGGGUAUGUUAGUAUGUCACAGUCUAAAUAUCAUUAAUGGCAAACUUUGUGGGGAUCCAUUGGAUGUUAAGAUGUUUGAAAGUACUGAAUGGAUAUUGGAAGAAUCUGAUACAACACAAUCAGAUAAAUAUGAUCUCGUGACACCAACAGUAGUGAAACCGCCAAAAAAUAAUAAUUUUACAGAAAAUAUGAAUAAAAUUUCAGAAAUUGGUAUUGUGCAACAAUAUCAAUUUUCAAGUUCGUUACAACGAAUGUCUGUGAUAGUACGCAUUCUAGGAUCUGACCAUUUUAAAGCAUAUACUAAAGGAUCUCCUGAAAUGAUAUUUAGUUUAAGUAAACCAGAAACACUACCGAAAAACAUAAUAACAACCCUGAAAACUUAUACAGAGCAAGGCUAUCGUGUAAUAGCUAUGGGGCAAUCUACAAUAAUUGAAAAUGGUGCAAAGAUAUCAAAAAUGACACGAGACGAGGUCGAACAAAACUUGGAAUUCCUAGGUUUAGUUAUCUUAGAAAAUAGAUUAAAAGAACCAACAAUUUCAGUUAUAAAAGAACUUAGAGAAGCUAACAUGCAUGUAAUAAUGAUCACAGGCGAUAAUAUACAAACUGCAGUAAGUGUUGCAAAAGAGUGUGGUAUACUUUUACCUAAUGAAACAAUUAUAGAUGUAGUCAUAGUUCCAAAUCAAUUUAAAAAAUCCGAACCAGAAAUAUUUUUCAAUGCACAAAAUAUAACUCAAAAAUUGAAUCUUCGAGACAAAAGACAUAUGAUACCAAUAUUAGAUGAUAUGGAACAAGGAAUAGAUAUAAAAAAUUAUAGAUUUGCUUUAACUGGACAAACAUGGCAAUUGCUAAAAGAAUGUUAUCCUGAUAUUGUGCCAAAAAUUUGCGUAAGGGGAGCAAUAUUUGCAAGAAUGACAAGUGAUCAAAAACAACAAUUGAUUCUAGAACUUAUGCAACUUGGUUAUUAUGUGGUUAUGUGUGGAGAUGGCGCAAAUGAUUGUGGAGCAUUAAGAGCAGCUCAUGCAGGUGUAUCUCUUUCAGAAGCAGAGUCAAGUGUGGCUAGUCCUUUUACUUCAAGAAUACCUGACAUAACAUGUAUUCCUAAAGUCAUACGACAAGGACGAGCUGCUUUAGUCACAUCAUUUGGAAUUUUCAAAUUUAUGGUUGCAUAUUCCCUAACAGAAUUUUUGUCUGUUAUAAUUUUAUAUUCAAUAGACUCUAAUUUGACAGAUUUGGAAUUUUUAUUUAUUGAUAUUUUUUUGAUUGUAAAUUUUGCUUCCUUUUUUGGAAAAACACAAGCAUAUGACAAAAAACUUGCUAAAAAUCCACCAAUGACAAGUCUCUUGAGUUUCACACCACUAUUGUCUUUAACAAUGCAUAUGUUAAUAAUGACAACAUUUCAAGCAAUAGCAUAUCACACAGUACGGUAUUUCUCUUGGUUUACACCUUUUGUUCAUACCAGUAAUAUUGGGUAUACAUGUUAUGAAAACUACUCAGUUUUCUGUAUAUCUAUGUUUCAAUACAUUACGAUGGCAAUAAUAUUCUCACGUGGUAAACCAUAUAGGCAACCUAUUUAUACAAAUGGUGUGUUUACAUUUUCUAUUGUUCUUUUGAUUUCAAUUUGUAUAUAUAUUACAAUUUAUCCUGCAAAUUGGGUAAUAAAUUUGUUACAAUUACUUGUACCUCCAGACUAUAAUUGGAGGAUUAUAAUCUUAGUACUUGCUUUAGCAAACUUUUUUAUGUGCUUAAUUGUUGAAACUUUAAUAAUAGAGUAUGGGAUAGAAAAGAAACUAAUUCCAAAAUUUUAUCGUCCUGAAAAAUCUAAGAAACAUUAUUUAAAAAUAGAGUAUGAAUUACAUAAUAAUCCAAAUUGGCCAAAGUUGGAUAAUGAACUACCAGUUUUACCAAUUACACCAAGUGUUGAAAAUAUUAUUAAAACAAUAUACCUAGAAACUUCAGAAUGUGCAAAUACUGUAAAUAAUCAAAAAUAUAAUGAACAAAAAGUAUUAAAACGUUUAAAUGACAUAAAAAAAAAUGGUAUUGACAAUCAAGGAUUUGUAGAAGAUUCAUUGAUCGAAAAUGUGAGCAUUAUCACUAGAUUUUAAAUAUUCAACAAAAAACAAUUUAUGUUAAAUGUUGAUCGAUUUGUAAGGAUGUAACAGAAUAUAUUUAAUCAUAUGUAUAUAUACUUUAGCACAGUAUUUAUUGUAAGUAUUGUUAAUUUUUAAAAUGACGAAAAUUUUAUUAAAUAAGUAAAUAA